UAAGCACAAACGCUUCCUAUGAAUUCUGCAAAGAAAAACAGUUAUAAAAACGACAUGUUAGCACAUUUUGACUGAAAAACAAAUCAUAUUUAUUUGUAUUUCCUCGAGGAAAUUUGCUGUGUAGUGAGUUGCCAUGGAGAUAUAUUUAGUAUACUUAUUAGUGUUACAGUGAGGCACGGAAAGGACGUUUUUGACUACUAACUACUGGACGUUUUUGACGUCCAGUAGUUAGUUGUAGUUGUUUCCACUAAAUAAAAACAGCAAAUUAACACUCUGAAUCAACGAUCAAGAAACUGGAUCAAAAAACGUCAAAUCAGACCAACAGGUUUCUUGAUAUUGUCACCAUCUCGGUUAUCUCUUAAGACACUUAAGUGGAAAACAACACUAGAAGAAACCCCUAGAACAGACCAGAGUCUCUCUAAAUAGUCUAAAGCAGCGCCUAAGAUCAUGAGAAAGCCAAAGAACAAGUCUGGAGGACACGCAUGCUCCCAGAAGACUAGAAAACAGCAAAAACCUAUUAAACAGCACAAAAAGAUGUCAGUAUCUACAGCCGGGCCCAACCAAUCUAAAAAGAUGCCACCAAAGACAGCCAUGAGCCAGUCCCAGGAAAGUCUGAGGUGGGUGGGAGUGCUGGCCGACCCUGUAAGAGAAGAAAAGAGGAUUGAGAUCUAUAAAGCUAACAGAAGGAAGCGCUAUCUGACUGCUCAAGAAGAUCUCAUGAAGAGCUUGGCCUGCCCUGACAUCCAUACCUGAAGGCAUAAGCCAGGAUAUGCGGAUAAGGGUCAAAGCAAAGUGGGACACGGAACACUUCAGAUGGUCUUGAAUUCUGAACGUUCCCUUCUUACCACAGAGUGAUUUACUUAGCGACCGUCCUGGAGACAGGCCAAGGAAAAGCCUUGAGGAGGCUUGUUGCAGUUACCUCGUAAAUGAGAAAGAAAGAAUAGAGAAAACGAGAGGAGGGGGAGAAAGUCUGCCUUUCCGUUCAUUUCCAAAAGAGCCACAA